CACAAACACACAAACACAGAUCCUCAUCCUUCAUUCCUCCUGUAUAGACAACGCAAGGCACGAGUUUAGUUCGCACACGGACGUACUCCAUUGCUCGCUCGGAAAGCUAAUUUGUGAUGGGCCGCCACAGCAGCAGCAGCAGCAGCGGCAAGCCCGAGGCCGGCGGCGAGCAGUACCGCAAGGAGGAGAAGCAUCACAAGCACAUGGAGAAGCUGGCCAAGCUCGGCGCCGUCGCCGCCGGAGCAUACGCAAGGCACGAGAAGCACGAGGCGAGGAAGGACCCGGAGCACGCAAGGUCGCACAAGAUCAAGGAGAAGAUCGCCGCCACGGUCGCCGCCGGCAGCGCAGGCUUGGCGAUCCAUGAGCACCACAAAAAGAAAGAGGCCAAGAAACACGCCCGUCAUGGCCACCACCACUGAUACACAUACACUCAUGGAUGCAAAUGCACACGUAGACCCUUGCUAGCUAUCUUAUAUGUACGGCCGGUUACAUUCUUUCAUUUUAUUGUCUUGUUCCAUAGUACUGUGGUUGGGUAUGUGGUUGUGCAACCCAACGACCCGAGUUCAAUUCCCAGAAUUGACAGGUGAUGUACAGGGAUUUUUCCCCAUUUAUUGAGGACCAAGCUUGAUGUGUGGUGAAACCACUCAUCAAGAAAUAUCUUGAUACUCAUUUAAAAAAUUCUGAGGACCAUGUUUA